AUGGCUGUACAUUCAGAUCAGCCGGCGUUCUUUCUGAGGCUUCCGGAUGAAUUGAUUCACGAAAUAUUCAAGCUAUGUCAUGUAUCCGACCACUUCAACCUUGCUCUUACAUGUCGUCGGCUCGCCAAUGGAGGAGACGCCACCCUUAAACGCCAUAGGGCUGCCUACCGAGAGUACGGCGUCGUAACUGACUGGAAGUACUUGACUAUACCGUCUGUUUUGCAGAAAGUCAUUACGGAUCCAUAUGUUGCCUGGAAUAUUCGCACCAUCGAGAUAUUCGGUACAAGGUACGGAUGGGAGUACUGGGGAGACUUUAGGUCAGAGGUGCCGUCCACAGUAGAAAUCUUUCCAUCGCCGUCUCCAGAAGACACAAUGUCUUCAACCUUUCAAGGUGGUCAGACAUUCCACGACUUUCAAUGGCGUCAAGUGUUCGAGAAACCGCCCUGGAGAGAGCUGUGGGAAUAUGAGGAAACAGACGAAGACGAAGACUUGACUGAGGAUUGCAUGAUCUAUGCUGUAUGGCGAACAAAAAGAGGGGACCAAUAUCGAGAGAGCAUCAUUGGACAACACUUGACCACCUACAUCGACCUGCUGAUAGAGUAUGGGCAUUUUCGCCGCGAUGAUGAUGAAAUCGAGCGGCUUUCAGCACAACUUCUCGAAGGCAAUGAUGGUGUUUUGAAAGCCCUGCUAGUCACUCUAUGUCCCCGGCUGAACGUUUUAAAACACGCGAGCAGUAAAGACAACACAAGUGAUCUUUCUCAAUUGGAAGUGAUGGAGUGGCUAUCGCAAAUUAUUACUAAGAGUUGGCGACGGAACUCCUGGGCGCCGGGCCUUAAAAGUCUACGAGAGGUCUCCGUCGGUAUCCCAACAGGAUUAUGGUUUGAGGACCGCAAUCUGUCCGGUUUACAUAGACCGCGACACUUCCGCAGCCUAAUGCUUCUUCCUCGUCUCAAAUCCGCCUACUUUGGGACUAUGAAUCUCCAGAGAAACAUGUUGAGGUUGGAGUCCGAAGAAAGGCCCCCUCAGUUAGCUGCCCUGACAGGCUGCUCUUCUGUAGAACACGUCUUUAUUGACCAGUUCGUUGACAGAUAUGAUAUUUCGGACCAGGAUUAUACGGCCGAGUCUGUCAUGGAGUUCUUGCUAAUUCCCAAGAAACUCAAGACUCUAACUGUUCGUGGUGGCCUGAAACUUCAGCUGUCCAAUGCGGCCAAUAACCAAGCUCUAUAUGUGCUCAUGUUGCAUCUGAGCAAAAGCCUAGAGCAUGUUAUAGAGUACAAUUGUCGUCUUCGGCCGAGCGAGAGCACGUGGGGAUGGUUCGGUAGAACCAGGCCGAUACGCAAGUCGUACACAGGAGCAACCAAAGUCACUGUCAAUGCUUUGAACCCUAUGGCAUUAGCUUUCCCACGACUAGCUACACACAAGGAAGAGCUUGAUGAAUGGAAAGAUCCUAGAAGGCGCUACAAUCCAUAUGGGAGAUCUUGUCUAACCUUGCCAGACGUUGAGGUGAUCCUGGUUCAAAAGAGCUACCGCGAUGACGAGAUGAUGGAUUUAGAAGUGAUGGGACGUCUGGAGUUCCUUCUUUAUCUCACGGUCGAAAAUAACGAACGUAGUGGCGGGAAGCUGAAGGCCAUCUUCAUCCAGCAACAACCCAACCCGGAGAAGGGGAACACGAUUGCUAAGUUUGAUUACUCAAGGUUGAUUAAUAUAGGCAGGGAGAGGGGUAUUGAUAUCCAUGUUAAGGAGAACAAAAAUGUGCCGUUCUAUCAGUUUGACUUUCCUACGCCACCUACUAUGUCGUCGCUACAACAGCCAGGCGCUGAAGAUGGAGAGAGGGUCUUUGAUCCCUUCAUGGGUUGCUGGAGUACAUGUCAAAGUUAG